UUUAUACGUUCCUUCAAAACCUUACUCUGCCUUCGAUCUCCGCCUCCGCCCGUGGCCUCUGAACUCAGAAAUUCAAUCCAUCUAAUCCCAUUAAUCAAUUAUGCCGCCCAAGUUCGAUCCUUCUCAGGUUGUCGAUGUUUUCGUCCGAGUCACCGGAGGUGAGGUCGGAGCGGCCAGUUCUCUCGCUCCUAAAAUCGGUCCUCUAGGUCUCUCCCCGAAGAAGAUCGGAGAAGACAUUGCCAAGGAGACUGCCAAGGAAUGGAAGGGUCUCAGAGUCACUGUCAAGCUUACUGUUCAGAAUCGUCAAGCCAAGGUCUCCGUGGUUCCCUCUGCUGCUGCUUUGGUCAUCAAAGCCCUCAAGGAGCCUGAGCGCGACCGCAAAAAGACCAAGAACAUCAAGCACAAUGGUAAUAUCUCGCUUGACGAUGUCAUUGAGAUUGCUAGGGUUAUGCGCCCCAGGUCUAUGGCUAAGGAUCUCAGUGGAUCUGUGAAGGAGAUUCUCGGUACUUGCGUUUCUGUUGGAUGUACGGUCGACGGUAAGGACCCAAAGGAUUUACAGCAGGAAAUUACCGAUGGAGAUGUUGAAAUUCCCCAGGAUUGAGAGUGAUUAUUUUUUUUCGCAUUCGAACUUACUUUGUAGUUUCAGUUUUGGAUUUUUAAAGAUGUUUCUUUUAUUGUCUUCAAAUGACUAUAUCUCCGGAUACAAGGAUUUAUUUAAUGUGGAAAACUUGCUUCAUUUCGGGGAUGGAAGCAUUGUGGUUCCGUUUUGAACUGAAGUUUCGACUUUUUGUUUCUAUUCAUAUCGUUGCAUUUCCGGUUGUAUUAUCGAGAA